UGGGGUAGUUUGUGGAAGGUGCCACGCCGAUUAUGCCAGUCUAUGUAUCUACGUGUACCCCCGGUAUCUCAACCCUCUACCUGCAUUCAGUUCCUGAGCGGCUCUUAUAGACACAUCAUCUACUCUUCUCCCGCUCUCACAACUUCUUUUAAAAACAAUAUUUUAACUUGUGUAUUAAAUGCUAAAUAGUUAUGCGGUUGAGGUAGGAUUUGUGAUGUGAAAACGUGGAAUAAUUUAUUUUUUUAUUGUUUUAAAGUUUUUCAAGUUAAUAAAACUGAUUUAACUUAAUAGAAAAUUUAGUCUUCUGUGGGGCUGCUAUCAAUGUAUCAGUGUGGAGAAACUAAAAUAGGAUAAUCGAAUAAUCAGAAUGGAGAUGAACCAAUUAAUUUAAUUAAAUAGCAUAUGGUUGAGUGGGUGUUGACCUUGAACUGAUAAUGGAAGUUAUCGGAUCAGAGAGAAGGAAAUUAGCGAAUGGAAGAAACGUUUUAUCGCAUUGCUGAAGAGUCAACUACCUGUUACUCCAGGUGCUCGGAAAAGAUCUAGAGAUUCGGAAAAAUGCCAAGACGACAGACUGCAGUGGAUUUGCUGGUACCGGGUGGCUCUAGGCCAAUUUUUUCGACUUAAAUAAGAAGAAAAAUUAUUGUUUUGUGGCUGAGGUGUGACUAGAAGAUUGAAUUUUAUUAAAAAAUCUUGAGUUUUUGUGGGCUCAGGUUGGCAUGGAUAGUGACAGUAGGUUUAGUAAAUUUAGUGGCUAGGUGCUCAAAUACUUGUAUCGGGAUAAGAUGAGUUCGUUGAAGAGGACAGCGAAUCAAUGUGCGCGCGAGAACGCACCCUCGCGCCGGUACGCUCUCGCGACAAGUUCGAACUCCAGAAGUAUACGGAGCUUUCUUUACGGAAACAACGCGUCUCAGGGCUCCCCGCUGAGACUGAGAUCCAAGUACGAGCUGAGGUCUAUCAGUUUUGAGGGCAGCAAAGUCCUGCCCUGGACUAUAAGAUCCUCGACGGACACAACAUCAAGGCGCGGUGUCUUGUCAAGAAGAUGUUACGGAAGCGUGGAAAUGCUGCCGCAAAUCGAACAAGACGGCAUAGAGAAUGGACGAAGAUUUCGCGUGGAGAAUGGCGACUCGCCAGGCGAAAAAGAAGAGAUGUUCGGGUCACCCAGCACUCCAGUGCUCGAGAAUCCGGAAAACCAGACACGUUGGUACUUCAAAUAUUUCCUCGGGAAACUUCAUCAGAAUUACGUUGCGUCAGACCACGAGAGAAAUCCACUUUUUUUGUCAGUCGUCCAGAAUGACGGUGGUGAUCAAUGUGUGCCACAAUACAUUAGAGUCAUCCUCUGGAGACGAACUGGAACGCAAAAAAUUGCAUUGCCAUGUUCGUCCAACAAAUCGAUGACUGCUAAGCAAAUUUUAAGCAAUUUUUUUGGAAUAGAAAAAUUUGAUAAAGCGCCACGUGAGAUCUUCGCCCCAGAGAUUCAAAAAGAUCUUUUGUCACUGGAAGAGCAAGAGGGCUCAGUGAAUUUUAAAUUUGGUGUUAUAUACGCCCGGGAGGGCCAGACGACCGACGACGAGAUGCUUUCUAAUGAGAAGGCAAGUCCUGAGUUCGAGAGGUUCUUAGGGAUUCUCGGCGAACGAAUUCGCCUCAAGGGUUGGGACAAGUACAGAGGUGGUCUGGAUGUCAAAGGUGAUAUGACGGGAAAAGAGAGUAUUUACACGGUCUACGCAGGUCAUGAAGUUAUGUUCCACGUUAGCACAAUAUUGCCUCACUCUAAAGACAAUCCUCAGCAAUUAGAGCGCAAAAGACACAUUGGAAAUGACAUUGUAAACAUUAUUUACACCGACGAUCCCACUCUAUUGGAGACUUUUAAUCCCAAUUGCAUAAAAAGUCAAUUUACACAUGUAUUUGCAGUAGUGGCAAGUGUGGAGCGAGGUUGGCAAAUAGCCAUCUACUGUGACGAGAACGUGCCGCUGUUUGGGCCAAGUUUGCCGUGUCCUCCACUUUUCGAGGACCAGUACGCCUUUCGGGAAUUUCUUCUCGUAAAGCUGAUUAACGGGGAAAAAGCUACAUUUGAUACACCGACAUUUUCACGGAAACGCGAGCGUACACUGGACUCAUUACUUAGGGAUUUGUACCAGGAGCACACUCAAGACAGUAAAGGGAACGUAAGUUCCAGUAUGUUGAAUCGACGCGCACUAUCGGAUGUGGUUGAAACAGCAGGACGCAGAAGGGAGGAGACACGAUCUGUGGAAAUGGUUAGAAUUGGACAGGAUCUAAAACUCGAUGCAAUCGUUCGAGGACUUGCACCAACAUCUCUAGCAACUGUCGGACCACUUAAACCAAGACCCUGGGAGCCCCGUUGUAUAUAUCCCGACUUUCAUCAUGAGUUGGUUUGCGGUGACAUUUGGUCAGAUAACAAAUUAAUUUUAGCCUCUGAAAAUGGGACAUUCCUCGUAGAAGAUGGGCUGCCCGAUAGACUACUUUUCGAUAAAUCUGUCCAGAUUAAACAAUUGAAUGUUGUGGAACAACAUGGCAUAUUGUUGUUCCGUACUGGCGACAAAGGUAAAGAAAGCAACGUAUAUGUAUAUCGAUUGAGCGAGCUUAAUGGAGAAAGCAAUACAACCUCUAUCGAUUACAAUUCAUUUGAAGAGGAUGAGGAUAUUGCCGGUAGCUUUUCGUCUAAUUUCACGAUGACUACCAACUCUAAUCCUAGUACUUCGAACCGUCCGACAAUCAUACGAACGCGGUCACAUAUUAAAGAGAGGAAAUUAGAAAGGACUCGUGGUUGUCAACUUUACAGUAUUACUAGACCCGGUGGCUCUCAUUUGAGAAUGUGUAUAGCAGUGGGUAGAAAAUUAACCCUGCUCCAAUGGAAGCACAACGCAGCCUGGACAACAUGGUGCUCUUCAACAGACACCGACACGGUUGAGGGUUUUCGUUUCAUAAAGGAAUAUAAUGCCUCGGAGCCACCUUCAGUGGUAACAAUUAUUGAAAGUACUGCAUCAGACAACGAGUGGUUGCUCUGUUGUGGGCUGCGGCAUCAUUUUGAAUUAAUAUCUGUUGACGGAGCUACUAAAUCCCUGCACAUGGAGGCAUCAAUGAAACCGCACAUCGUCGCAGCACUGGAUUUGUGCGAAGACGAGGAGCCGGAGUUGUUAUUGUGUUACAAUAAUACCUGUCAUUUUCAAAAAUUAUCCGAAGACACUGCUGCGUCAACGGAGUUUGAUUUUAAUUGGAACUCUGUACCAAUUACUGUCGCGUGUGCCUUUCCGUAUGUUAUUGCAUUUACAACAGAUACUAUGGAAAUUCGUUUAAUCAUCAAUGGUAAUCUUGUUCAUACCAUAAGUAUGCCAAAUCUAACACUUAUAACAUCUAAGCAUGACACUUAUUUUGCUACAACUGCACCGGAGUUUAUGGCAUCUAAAUGCGAGAGGAUACGUGUUGAUACCAAGACUGAUAAAGAUGACAGAAGUCACAGUCCACCCUCUGCACAAAAUAGUAUAUCUAAUUCACACGGUGACUCAAAGCCACUAAGAAUCUAUCAAAUACCUCUACACACCCUGUCUAGAACAACAGCAUCAAAUUGUAGUAAUAGACGCUGUCCAAGUCCAAUUGAACCGGAAAUACUGAACGCACAGCCAACAAAUGACUUAAAUUUUCUAACCGUCGAACCGCACAGACUGCUAAGUCGGUCAUGUAGUAGCAGUCCUACCCCAAACUUGGCGGUAUCAUCUGCUAGUACGCCCAGUAAAUAAGUCUAAUAAUAUUAAUCAUAAGAAUUAUACAUAAAAUAAUUGUAAGAAGCAACAAUUGUGUAUUAUUGUUACUGAUAAUACUUUUGAGUAUUUAAUUAAUUUGUCAAAGGAAUUAUGUAAUGGAAUUUUGGUUCAUGGAAACAUUCUCGCUGUCAAGUACACGAGGAUUUUGGUGAAUAUAAUUAAUUAAUAGAUUGAAUUGAUUGCAUAGGUAAUGAGGAUGAAUGAAUAUUGUAAGACGGUGCGGUGCGCUGUUCUCGUCUUCCUGGUGUGAAGUUACGACAUUAAAUAUUAUAAUAUAUGAAUAAAUAUAUAAAUAAUAAUGAUGGUAAUUGUCAUUAUUAUGCUGAUAACAUAAUUUAUAGAAAACGUCUAGAUUCUUGACCGAGAAAUAUCGUGUAUUUAACAAAAUUGUCACACGAUUUCUCGUCCUCGUUGUAAAAAUAAUAAAUAAAUGAAAAUGAAAUAUGUUUGCGACAAAUAA